UAAUCUAGAACGCCACUUCCUAACCCUAAAUACAUAAAGAGAGGGAGAGAGAGAAGAAUCGAAGAUCGAAGAAUCAAAACUUGGAAAAUGGGAGUGGAAAAGCAGAUUUUGAAAGCUGGAAACGGUCCCAAGCCCGUCGUCGGCCAAACCGUCACCGUUCACUGCACUGGAUUUGGCAAAAAUGGCGAUCUUACUAAGAAGUUUUGGAGCACAAAGGAUCCUGGACAGGAGCCUUUUACUUUCAAGAUCGGCCUAGGUUCUGUUAUUAAAGGAUGGGAUGAAGGUGUUUUGGGAAUGCAAUUGGGAGAGGUUGCUCGUUUGCAGUGUUCUCCAGACUAUGCUUAUGGCAGUGGUGGGUUUCCAGCAUGGGGCAUCCAGCCCAACUCAGUCCUGGAUUUUGAGAUCGAAGUUCUUAGUGUCAAGUAGUAAUAGUAGCUAUUAAACAGCGAGUUCCAAUAUUAUGAAUAAAAAUCACGAUGUUUUGAGGACAAAUUUCAUAUUGAACAAUGGCUGUUUUAUGGCUUAUGAAUGAUUAUUUAGAUUUGUAUUCAGAGGGAAUUUAAGUUCAAUCUAUUCAUCAAUGUACCCCUUCCCUUAUAUUUGGAAUUUAUAAAGCAGCUCUUGUCACAAA